AUGUGCCCAUUGGGGAGCCUCGUCAUCGGCUCGAAGUUGGACUUCGACAUCCACAGCCCCAACUGCCGAAUGGCCUUCUUUGGGCGGAUCUUGAGCAGCCUGGAUCCAAAGGACUUGAAACAACUUCGCCUGGUGAAGAUGAAGUCAAAGGUGGGUGUGAUGGAGCGCGUGGACAAGCAGGAGUCCACUCUGAUCAUUUGCAAGGACAUGUUCAAAGCAGACUCCGAUAUUCAGAGCUUCGUGGGGCUGAAGAUUCUUCACGAAUCCUCCGGAGCGGAAGGCAUCCUGGAAGGCAGCUUCGGGCAAGAGGGACAUAUCAAAGUCCGCUUCAAGGAGGAGAUUCCGAACCUCAAGUUGGAUCCAAAGGGACAUAUCAAAGGGACGGAACGCAUCUCGCUCUUCUUCAAGAAGUUUGACUUUGAGAAGACCAAUAGCAUUGUGCAGUAG